CACGAACGGCGAUGCUUCGGUUUUACAAAAAAGACCCUAUGUUCGUUCGAUAUUCAGUCUGCGGUCCCUGAUUCAUCUUAUCCAAAACUCCUCCCUUUCCAGCGAUGGCAGCGACGGCGGAGCACGAGCAGGUGAGGUGCGGCGACUUCGUCGGACCGCUACAGCCACGGCGGAGGAGAAGGUGGACACCAUGGGCGCGGCUACAGAGGAGGCGGAGGAGAAGGCGGACGUCGUGCGCUUGCUACACGGCUACAACCGAGGCGGAGGAGAAGGCGGAUGCCAUGGCCUUGCUGCGCUCAUGGGCGUUCUUGAGGAUGGUACACCAGCCGUGCCGCCGCCAGUCCUCUCUGGCCUCCCGCGUGUUAUCCUUCUCAACCUCCGCUCCUCCUGUCGUGAUUUGGAUGGGAAAUUGGAGGCCGGCCGUGUCCUUGUCCAACACAAAUUGAUGUAGUGCCCGACCCGGAUUUGAUUGGCUGUUAUAAGAAGCAAAGGUCCUCGGUCGGAAUCUCCAUCAGGUUUUGCCCUUCGACCAUAAUCUCCAUCAUCCCAUCGAAAUUGCAAUUUUUGACCAAACAUCCAAUGUCGCCGCCAAGUUCGCCGGACGAAGAAGCGCCGAGUUCGCCGGAGGAACAAGAACGCCCGUCGAGCCGUGCAAUGUCUCUUGUGGCGGCUACACGAGAGGUAUGUAUCCCCUCGAAGCUACGUAUCCCGUACAGCCUGAAGUUUGUGAGGCCUUGACCUGACCGUCACUAACGCCACCUUGCUGCCGCUGUUGUUGGAGAUGAGCUGAAUAGCAAGCUUUGGUUGCCUCAUUGCUUCCACUUCACUGCUCUUUGACUCUCCGUAAUUGUAAAACACCUAAUACGAUUCUUCAGCACUUGAUACUGGUGGUCAUGGUCUUCUUCCCUUACUGUUGCAAGACUUGGUUUUAGUUAGUAAUCUUGAGAUCAACGUGUACUCAUGGAUUGCUUAGAUGGAGGGCCACUGUUGGUUUUGUACUUAGAUGCGAUUGUGAAUCAUGCACGGUUCAAUUCAGAUUCAUGUGGUAUUUUUCCUAAAUUUGUGCCUGCCUGAACAUUAUUACUCUUAAACUAUGAAUAAUGAUUUUUGCAACUGUACAAGAAUUUCUUUGCCGCAUCACAAGAAAAACAGUUUGAAACAGAGAACUGUAUUGAACCUUCUAAUUAUUGUAUGAGCUUGCUUCACUUAAUUUGAACUGCAUACAUAGGCUACUUUGCUCAUGCAUGCAUCGAUACUAUUGUGUAUAAAUCUGCUUAUGUAUAUCACUAUUUGUGUAUCUAAGAUGGCGAUCUCAAAGACAAUAUUUUUAAUGCUUUUAUGAUGUUAAAAUGUUUUCGACUCCCCUGUUGUAGUUAUUAUUUCUGUCCCCUUGCUCGAUUAUGCUUUUUCUUCAGUUAACAAUUAGCUUUGCAGAAUAUAGAUAUGCUAGCUGCACCUAGGUUAUGAUUUUCCUUCAGUGAAGAAUUAGCUUUGCAGAAUAGUUAUGCUAGCUGCACCUAGCAAAACAGGAUUACGAUGUGUAAACAGGAUUAGAAAUAUCUAGAAUUGAAGGACUUCAGUUGGUGUUUGUUAGCUAGAUGGAAUUAGAUUUGUGGACAUAUCAGUUUAUGGGUGGCUAUUUGAUUGGUGAAUUCACCUGCUAUAUGAGCACUAUUUUUAAUAAAUAGUGUGCAACUAGAGAAGUAUAGGCACAGGAUUUACGAUAAAUGAUUCAUAGAAAGAAUUGUAAAAAAAUGCUAUUCUUAAUUUCCUGGACUAGCGUAUAUUUUUUCCACUACAUUAGCCUUCAGAUUCUUCUUGGAUUUGCUUUCUGCACCAAUGUUUUCAGUGCCAUCCUUCUUCCGUGAUGCUGCUGCAUGCCAGGAUUCGCAGUGGCACCGCCGCAACCAGCAAGGACACAAGAUCACGAGGAUUGUUGCCGCUUCCGAGGACAUGGGAGCUGCCAUAGCCAGCGAGUACGUGAGCACACACAGUCACCAUCACUUAAGAGGAUGCGAGAGCCAUCUCAGCUUGAGAGGAUGCGCAUACCAUCUCCGGGUAUAUAGCAGUAACAUCUCUCCCUAACUCCACUCUGAUAUGUAGCAUUUUUUUCUAUCCUAUUGUGAGACUGCAGUGUGUGCAACAAGUGUUCUUCUAAAUGUCUGAGCAUAAAGACUGCUCAUGGGUGAUGCUUCUGUGACCAAACGUCUAUGUGAGGGAGUUCUGUGAAUACACUCCGAGGGCGGGGAUCCCAUUUCAGUGAAAUCAUGCUACGUACUAUAACUUAAACACGCCAAGAAGAUGAGGGAUAGUCCUUCGUUGGAGCGAUAUUUCUUCCAAGGAUGGUUGUUGGCAUGGAUCAGCACCAGUAAUACCCUGAAUUUUCUGAACUUGGCUCCUCUAGCCUAACUUGAUGAUGAAAGUUUCAGUCAAAUGAAUUUAUUAUGUAUAUUUGGCUUGGAGUUAAUCCCCAAAAAAUAAAUUUCUUAUGUCUAUUUUACAAAGAAAGCGUUCAAUUAUAAUUAGCUAUACCCUGCAUUUGCACAUACUUUGCCUGGAAGUGAUCAAUUGGACAUCUUGAGCUUGAAACCGAUCAAGGAAAUACUCUCUCCGUUCCUAAAUAUAAGUCUUUUUAGAGAUUUCAAUAUAGAUAGCAUACAGAUGUAUAUAGACAUGUUUUGGAGUGUAGAUUCACUCAUUUUGAAUACGAUGAAGAAGAAAAUGAGGAACUCAAGGCUUACAAUAAGUGAAUCGUCACGCAAAAAGUAUACUCUAGAGAUUACAAGAUGCACAUGUAAUUAAUAAAGGUUUGCUAGAUUCAUUUAAUAAAUUAAAUCUGUAUCCAAUUUGUUUUCCUCCUGAGAUAUCCUGCACCGGUUCACUCUAAAGUAUGUUGAUUACAACAAAUUAUCUAUAGAAAAAAUAUUAUUCAUCUCUCCCGUUGCAACGCACGGGCUCUUUUGCUAGUAAUAAAGCACGGGUUGACUCCAUGGAUUCACCGUCACAAUGCACUUUCUUCCCGUAAAUUUACGCUUUCAAUUUGAAUUUUAAAACUUAUUCGAGGUGGUACUAAAAUUUAUACGUGCAACUCAAUUAACCGGUACGUUCUCGUUUAGCUGGGCUGCAAUACAGUUGGGCCUUGGCCACCGGACGUCUCUACGUUUCGUUAAAAAAGAACGUUUUAUCCAAACGCUCAGCGGACGGAGCUGUGGCAGAAGAGGCGGCGUGACGGAGCAGAAGGGGCGGCGCGACGGAGCAGGAGAAGAUGGUGCGGCGCGGCGGGACCAGCUGCUGCUGCCCCCAUGCGCCGUCGCCGUGGGAGGACCUCGUUGGCGCCGCGAAGGGGGCACAGCUCAGGUUGGGUACGCCGUCGGCCAUCGCCGGCGGCGAGCACGCUCCACUGUGACAUGUCCGCCACAGCCAGUCCUCUCCCGCCUCCCCCGACUCCGUGUCCUUGUCCAACGCAAAUCAAUGGAGCUGCCGACCCAGAUUGUUGUUGGCUGCUAUAAGAAGGGAGGGUCCUCGGCUCGAAUCUCCAUCAGGUCAGUUUUGGACGAAGCAUCCAAUGUCGACACCGAGUUCGCCGCAGGAAGAAGCGCCGAUUUCGCCGGAGGUAGAAGAAGCGCCGAGUUUGGCGAAGGUAGAAGAACAGCCGUCGAGCUGUCCAAUUUCGCCUGCGUCGGCUACAGCAGAAGACCUUAAGAUCAGCGAUGAACAUACGUCGAGCCGUCCAAUAUUUCCUGUGGCAGCAACACCAGAGAAAAUAGAUGACAUCACUGAACUGAACAUUGCAGAGGAUUUUGAUAACCGACCUUCCAAAAAGGCAAAAAUUUCUGAAUCAGGUGUUCUGGAACCAUCACCUGUGUCACCAACUAUGAAAACAUCUUCUCCAGGUUCAGAGUGUUUUGAAUCGAUCGUGCCGGAAUCAGAUAAUCAGAUGAAUCAUGAUACACUACCAUCACCUCCAUCCCCAUCUAGCUCGACAAUAUCUCAUGUUUCUCUAUUGCAUGAUGUUAAGGAACCAGAUUCACAUAAAGAGAUCAAAGUUGAUGAGACAUAUGAUUAUCUCCCACAAGACUAUACAUUGACCGACCAUGAUCUAUGUGCUCAUAUAGCAAUAGAAUCAUCUUUCAGAAAACAAUUGCUGGUUCAGAUAGAUGGAAGUUCUGUCUUGCAACAUCAAUUGAUGUGCCUGCUAGAUGAAAAAGAGUGGGUAAAUGAUGAUGUGAUCAAUGCAUAUAUAUGUUGUAUAAAGGACCAAAUACAUCUCCAGAAUGAUAAUAAAGUAUAUUUUGAGAGUCCAUUUGUUACCUCACUAUUUAAACGAGAUGGCACCAUUGGAAUACAAGAAGAUAGUGCCUUCAUGACAGAGACUGUCCUUGAAUAUAUGCAGCAUGACAUGAUUAAACUUCCAAUAAAUGCCAAUAACACACAUUGGUAUUUAGCUGUUGUGAAUACAAAAAAAAUGUGAGGUUCAAGUACUAGACUCAUUGUGCUGGAAUUCUGACAGAGAUGAUCUCGCUAAUACGCUACGAGGAAUACAAUUUCAUUUGGACCUUCUUAAAAGUCAAAAGUUGGUAAGUGACGAUUGGAAAGACGUUGAUCUUACUGAAUGGAAGAUCACAGAACAAUUACAAAAGGCAAUUCAAAAAGAUAGCUCUUCAUGUGGUUUAUUUAUGGUUAAAUUUAUGGAAUAUUUCACCGGAUGUGCACUAUCCUACCCAAUUACACAGGUAUAUUUUUUUUAAAUAAAAAGUAUGUUACUCGUACAAAAAGUACUUUUGAAAUAUACUAAUAAUUGUUCGUGUUGCACAAGAAAUGAUUACUUCUUUUAGGUUUAAGUUAGCCAGCAUACUAUUAUGUUGGAAAACAAACACGGCAGCAAUGACUACAAUCGUUGAAGAAAGUGACGAUGACAGCAAGGGAGAUCCUGAUGAUGUUCAAAUAUUGGAAAGUUUAGAUGAUAUAAAAAAAACAAAAACAAAAAACCCGUUAUCUGUUGAAAACAAAUACAGAUCACUAAUAUCAAUUCUUUCUAAUAUGACCUUACAUGAGUUAACAGCUGGACUUUGUAGUUUCAUUAAAUCAAUCAAUUACACCGAGAUUUUAGAGUAAGUCAUUUUAAAUUAGUAUUGCAACUGUAUAGUAUCUGAAUUGUUUUCUUAAUGGUUUAUUUUCUUAAUUUGUAUGAUUAUCAGGAAAGUAUGGAUUCAGAGUUCAAAACCAUAUCCAAUAAGCUUGUCUCUUAGAAAACUACAAGGAAUGCUAAAGGAUGAUUUACCCAUGGACCGAGAUUGCUUUAACUUGAUCGUAUGAAAGAUUAUGUUGGAUGACAUCCAAACAUCAAAAAAAAAGCAAUUGAUGGCAAAGCAUUAUCUGGACAUGAAAUUUUGGAUGACUACUGAUUUUGGAAGGCACCCAGAUUUCCGUAAAAAGUUAGAUGUGGAGCAACUAGCAAAUUCUGUUCGUAGUUGGCCCGGUAUCAAAUAUAAUGUUUCAACAUGCAAAUCGAUCCAUAUCCCAGUAUAAUCCAUUGAUGAAUUCAUUCUAUUCACAUUGGACCAAGAUACAAGAACAGUAUACAUUUUGGACCCUACUCCUUUUAAUCCAAUAUACCGAUACAACCCACUCGCAAAAUAUUUGAAAAAAAUUAUAUGGAUUAACGAACACUUACCGAAAGCAAUGUCAAAAGCAUGCCCUGGGUGUAGAUGGAACGAGGAUAUUCUCCUAUGGCAUCAUAAAAUCCUAGAUGAUAUUCCAGUUUACAACAGGGAACUGUCUGGUUAUCUUGUUCCCCUAUUCAUGUCCACAUGGGAAGAUGAAAGACCACAUUUGCCAUUUUUAAAGGAUGGAUAUGAACUCAGAAAACUAAUUUUGGGCCAAGUGCUAACAUUCAAGGACAAUGAAUUUGAAGAUAACAUGCCUGCUGGUGUGUUGGAAUUCAUCAAUUGCAUUAGGAAAAUCCAAAAUUAAAUUGGGAGCUCAAUCGGUGGAAGGUGAUUUGUCGGAGAGAAUUCUUGCAGCCAACAAUUAAUAGACAAUGAGCAGGGAGACAAUGACAAUUAAUAAUAGAUUUUGGUUUCUACUUAAGAUAUCGCUUACAUAUAUGUAGAAAAAAUUUGGAGCUUGCCGGGAUAUAGUUUUUUUUGGGGUUACCAAUUAUAAGCGAUGAUGGAGUGCUUCAAUAUUUGAUGUUUGGGGGUUCAAACAUGACAAUACUGUGUAAAUCACAAAUAAUACAGAAUCAUGUACCGUGUUGAUCAAUAAUUAUUUUAUAGUUUGUUUCUA